GGCGCGUCUCAUAAAAGACAACGUCAAGAGUGACACCGGCAGUCACUCUAGCGGAGCGUCGUGUCGACGGUAGCGGGGCCGACCAUCUUUGCUUGUAUUUUUGGUGGUACAGAACGGCCAGCGCACCACGGUUGCGACGAAUCGCUACAAGCAGUGUAUCAGUGUAAUAAUGAAUUCGGAUGAAGGCCCUCCUGCGCUUUCAUCAGAAGUGGGAUCGAACGGAAUGCAAAAUGAAGAAAAAUUGUCGGAUACGUCACACGCUGAAAAACUAUUGAGUAACAUGGAAAGGUUGCUUUCUCGGGUUUUGGCUAUUCCACAAACGCCAACCGUGAGUACUAAUCGUUCACCACUUUUAAAGUUUGAUCCGGAUGAUUCUGAGUCAGAUAUUGAUGACUGGUGUAAAGUAACGGAGAUCAUUGUGACAAAUAAAGGCUUGGAAGGGGUUGACCUAUUAAUAGCCUUAACAGGAGCGCUAAAAGGUCGUGCUGGUGCAUGCAUAGCUAAGCUAAAUUUGGAAGAAAUCACUUGGAGUUCAGUCAAAGAGAUUUUAAUAGCCAGAUUUUCAAAACCCAAACUUAUCCAAGACUAUUUCGACGAUGUGUUGCGAUUUAAAAUAAGCGCUAAUGAGACAGCGUCCGAAUCAGCUCUACGUUUAUGGAAUCUUAUCGAAAAGAUACCUAAUACUAAGAUGUCUGAAGAAGUAAUAACUGGAUUUGUAAUUUCGGUACUGUGUCAAAAAGAUAACAUGAUACGUCGUGAACUAAAUGCACAGACAAUCACGAGCCGUGCCCUAUUAUUCCGCAUCCUUGGUGGAAUAUCACUGAAGAGACGCUUGGAUGCCGAAGCUCAAGAACCUGAAGCCAAGCGAGUUCGAUUGGUUGAGAAGUUCUCUGGCAAGUGUCAUUACUGCGGAUUGAAUGGACAUCGUAUAGCAGAGUGUCGAAAACGACGCAAUGAUAGGGAAACGAAAACUCAAGAGCCUUCAAGUUCAUCACGUUUAGUGGAAAAGAAGCCAGUUGUUACUUGCUACGCCUGUGGACAGCUUGGCCAUGUGGCGACGGCCUGUCUGAAUAAGAAGAAUAGUAGUGCAGCCACAGUCAAGGAAGUCCAACAAUGCGAGCACAGGCCCUCCAGAGGUACCCUAAGGACGUCAUCGGAAACUUACAGACGCCCGAGGACGGUCGUAUGUCAGUCUGGCCGUGACGGCGCGUCUCAUAAAAGACAACGUCAAGAGUGACACCGGCAGUCACUCUAGCGGAGCGUCGUGUCGACGGUAGCGGGGCCGACCAUCUUUGCUUGUAUUUUUGGUGGUACAGAACGGCCAGCGCACCACGGUUGCGACGAAUCGCUACAAGCAGUGUAUCAGUGUAAUAAUGAAUUCGGAUGAAGGCCCUCCUGCGCUU